AUGUCUGUAGUCAGCUGGGUAUCCCUCGCACUGGUCCUCGGUGGCCUAUAUUAUGGCAUUCGGAUAUACGGUCUAUGGAUUCUGGAGACUACGGUGUCAUUGUACCUGGAAACAUUUAAUUCGGGCGUUUCAAGUCUGGGCAAGCCCAUCUCGGGCCCUAAAUGGGAGUUCCCCAACGGUACCGUAAUUGAACGGUUUCUUAACGGUCGAGUCAAUUCCGAAAAAUGGCGACAGUAUGGCCUUGUGUAUCGUAUCUGGUCCGGUCCUCAUCCUGAAAUGCAAGUCUCCUCCCGCUCCCAUUCUUUAACUGUCAUCACCACACCAGAAGAUCUCAAAUACUUUGCAUCGGACUCCAAUAACCAUGGCAAGCCACCAAACUCCAAUAUGGGAUGGUUCCUCGGAGAACUCCUUGGAAAAUGUAUGGGUCUCCUUGCCGGUCAAGACUGGAAACGUGUCCGACAAAUCUUCAACCCACCAUUUACGCACACAGCAGCGGUCAACCAGAUUGAGGUAAUUGAAAGUGCUGCCAGGAAAUAUGUGGAGGAGCUACCGCUCAUCACCGAUAACUGUCAAAAGACCUCAACUGAGAAAAUUGGCCACUCUUUCACGAUACCAGUCGUAAAGACAUUUACUAAAUUCCCUUACUUCCUCACGGCCCAAUCCAUAUAUGGUCCCAUGUCAGAGAAGGAAGAGCAAAAGUUGUGGACGGUAACUGAGAACCGCCUUGCGUUGAAUCCAUACAUGUUCGGCGGAGGUCCGUAUCGGUUCGAAAGAGGCGCCAAGGGAUUUGAUACUGCGGCUGUCCAAAAGCUCCGAGAGUACAGUCGGGAGUGGCAUGAAUUUAACGAUGGCAUGGUGCAGGUGCGGCGUGCACGUGGCGAAAAGGCGGCGAUUGUCUCGUACUGGGAGGAAUAUGAAAAAGGGAACCUGACAUUGGAAGAGCUGUUGCAUACAUUGGACGAGCUGCUGAUGGUUAACCUUGACGUUUUCACGCAUGUCAUAUCCUGGUUUAUUACCCUUGUCGCUGACCACGAGGCGAUUAAGCGAGAGUUGCGCGAUGAAGUGACGGCAAAUAAAGACAAUAUCCUUGGAUACUUGGCUCAGACAGACACACACUUACACCGAUCCUUCUAUGAAUCGAUGCGGAUUCGACCAUUCACGAUCUUCACUAUUGGAGAAUGUGCAUCUACCGUUAAGAACUUCCACGGUAUCUUGGUCAAGCCUAAUACGCAAGUCCUUGUAGAUGUAUUGGGUAUCAACAUUCGCAACCCAUUCUGGGGUGCCAACAGUGAGGCGUUCAACCCAUCUCGGUUCAAGACCAUCAAGCAGUCUGAUCUUCGAUACAAUCUCCACGUGUUCGGAUUCGGCAGCCGCAAGUGCAUGGGCCAGUACCUGGCUGGUCAUAUCGCUAAAUCGCUGGUAGUUCAUCUCUUCCACCAGUAUGAAGUCUUAGUGUCGGAUGGUCGUGACGGAGCCAAUUAUGAUACGGAUAAGUCGAGCUGGACCCCUAAGGCGGAUGCUUCGUUGCAGUUGACUAGACGAGAUGUGGUGGAGAGUAUCUAA